AGCAGCUUGGCCGGUUUCGAGCCCUUCACUAUAGACACGGAUCCAGGUAGUUAUAACUGUAGCAAACAACGCUUUAUAGAAGCCUUUUAGUAGAGAGACCAGACAUCAUUCGAGUCAUAUAUACAUCACUAUAUGUGUAUAUAUAUAUAGAUAUAGUUACACGCGAUUUUCUAGUGCCCGGCUGACUAACUUGGACAGUGGAACAGCAACUGGUCUCUCUCUCUAUAUUAGCAGCAAAUAUGGAGCCAAAUCACUAGUUGGUAGGCAGAAUCCUCGGCUCUGUUGCCUGCAUCCUGGACUAGUCAAUUUAUAAAUUCAGCUGUGCCGACCGAGUUUGGCGAUUUUGUCGAAAAAUCUUGUCAAGAUGGCCGCAAUUCUCGCUCUGCCGUUAGAGAUUAUUAGCCAUAUAUUCGCCUGUGUGGACCGUGACUCGCGUAGAAACCUCCGACUGGUUCACUCGCUGUUCAAUACAAUUGGCCAAAGAUGGGUUUUCCGCAGUACGCAGCUCGCGCCGACACCCCGGAGCUGCGAUCACUUCGAGAAAGUGCUGGAAACCCCGGAUCUCAUUCGCUUUGUGCGCAAGGUCUAUUUGCAAACCUACGAUGAGGACACUCAAGGUGACAGUGAUGGGGAGGAUGAGUACGAACUAAGUGACCCGGAGGACGAACUGGUCCGUCCUCGUCGAUUCUGGUCGCUGUUUGAACGGCUGAAGGAGUUUCCUCAGCUACAAAGCGUGGCCCUCUGUUUCCACCAUACGUGCGUUGAGGAAACAAGUGACCAUUGGGUCGACGAUAUCCCGCAGGAUAUCAACUUUCGCUCCACAGUCAUGCAGAGGUUCACAGAUGUUGUGGCCUCUUUACCUCAUUUACCGCAGGAAUUGAUCAUUCAAGACCUGCAAAAUAUCAACGACACCGACUCGACCGUAGUGGCCAACAUUCGUAAGAUUCUCGGGGGGUUAAAGUCUCUACGACUAAACAUUACCAAUGAGCACAGUGAAGGCAAUGGCGAGACUGACCUCGAAAGAGAUGCCCCGCAUGAAUUCUUUCCCGAGCUGAGUUCCUUCUGGCUAAAGCCCGCGCUGUCGAGCUUGGAACACUUGACGAUAUAUUCGAGUAACUAUUUUGGAUUCUAUCCGAAAUGCGAUCUGCGGGGCACCCAUUUCCCACGACUUGAAUCCCUAGCGUUGGGGAACUAUACAUUUGUUCAUGACUCUCAGCUCGAUUGGAUCUUGUCCCAUGCUCCAACGUUGACAGGGCUGUAUCUCGACGACUGCCCGAUCCUCUAUGAGGUGGCGAUUCGAGACAAGGAGAGAACGUAUCUUGACCCGGCCGAUCUCCAGCCCGACCCCAGGUUCGAUGGCGAAGGCUACGCGAGCUAUGACAAACGCUGGAAGGACUACUUCCAGGCGUUCAAGGAAGGGCUGCCGCUGCUGCAACAUUUCCGAUACGGCCAUUGCCUUGCCUGGUGGGAGCAUGAUACAACACCUCUGGAAUGCGAGACAGAGAUCGAGGUUGCCCUCAGGCAUGAUUCCUACAUGGUAUAUUGUGACGGGUACGGACCGAGUCAAUAUAUGGCGCACAUGAUAUACACGAUCCGACAAGAAGGAGAUAUUAAGUGGGAGGAUGGGGAGCCCUUGAGAUGCACAGACGAGGAUAUAAACGCCUUGAAGGAGCUCUGUGCUAAGCUAAGGCAACCGCUCGCAAAUGACGGUUGGAACCCAGUGGAUAGCUAGAUAAAUGCUCUCGCCGGCUGACCGAGCCGAUAUGAUACCUUAUUAUUUCCUGAUUGUGGACCAAAUAUAAUAGUGUGUAUCAGGUAGAAAUGGAUGUCUUGACACCGUUUUAGCUGGACGGUAAAGCAGACACUGAUUAAAGCUAUCCGCUCUGCACAGGGAGUCUGCUAACGAUUGAGAUAAUGGAAAUGACCCAAUUUCGGGGUUGUUGGAAUUAAGA